GCCAUGCGCCUCUGCCGCCUAGCGCUGUUCCCGGGCGUGGCGCUUCUUCUCGCCGCCGCCCGCCUCGCCGCUGCCUCCGACGUGCUGGAACUCACCGACGACAACUUCGAGAGUCGCAUCUCCGACACGGGCUCUGCGGGGCUCAUGCUCGUGGAGUUCUUUGCCCCCUGGUGUGGACACUGCAAGAGGCUUGCACCUGAAUAUGAAGCGGCAGCUACCAGGUUAAAAGGAAUAGUUCCAUUAGCAAAGGUUGAUUGUACUGCCAAUACAAAUACUUGUAAUAAGUAUGGAGUGAGUGGAUAUCCAACCCUGAAGAUAUUUAGAGAUGGUGAAGAAGCAGGUGCUUAUGAUGGGCCCAGGACUGCUGAUGGAAUUGUCAGCCACCUGAAGAAGCAGGCUGGUCCAGCUUCAGUUCCUCUCAGAACUGAGGAAGAGUUUGAGUUCAUUAGUGAUAAAGAUGCUUCUGUGGUGGGUUUUUUCAAGGAUUUAUUCAGUGAAGCUCACUCUGAGUUUCUAAAAGCAGCCAGCAACUUGAGGGAUAACUACCGAUUUGCACACACCAAUGUUGAAUCUCUGGUGGACAAGUAUGAUGAUGAUGGAGAGGGUAUCACCUUGUUUCGGCCUUUACAUCUGAUGAACAAGUUUGAGGACAAGACUGUGGCAUAUACAGAACCGAAAAUGACCAGUGGAAAGAUUAAAAAAUUUAUUCAGGAAAACAUUUUUGGUAUCUGCCCUCACAUGACAGAAGACAAUAAAGAUUUGAUACAGGGCAAGGACUUACUGCUGGCUUACUAUGAUGUGGACUAUGAAAAGAAUGCUAAAGGUUCCAACUACUGGAGAAACAGAGUGAUGAUGGUGGCAAAGAAAUUCCUAGAUGCUGGGAAGAAACUCAACUUUGCUGUAGCUAGCCGCAAAACCUUUAGUCAUGAACUUUCUGAUUUUGGCUUGGAAAGCACUGCUGGAGAGAUUCCUGUUGUUGCUAUCAGAACUGCAAAAGGAGAGAAGUUUGUCAUGCAGGAGGAAUUCUCGCGUGAUGGCAAGGCUCUUGAGAGAUUCCUGCAGGAUUACUUUGAUGGCAACCUAAAGAGAUACCUUAAGUCUGAACCUAUCCCAGAGAGCAAUGAUGGGCCUGUUAAGGUUGUGGUAGCAGAGAAUUUUGAUGAAAUAGUGAAUGAUGAAAAUAAAGAUGUACUGAUUGAAUUUUAUGCUCCUUGGUGUGGUCACUGUAAGAAUCUGGAGCCUAAGUAUAAAGAACUGGGAGAGAAGCUCAGAAAAGAUCCAAAUAUUAUCAUAGCCAAGAUGGAUGCUACAGCCAAUGAUGUGCCUUCUCCAUAUGAAGUCAGAGGUUUUCCUACCAUCUAUUUCUCUCCAGCCAACAAGAAGCUAAAUCCAAAGAAAUAUGAAGGUGGCCGUGAAUUGAGUGAUUUUAUUAGCUAUCUACAGCGAGAGGCUACAAACCCCCCUAUAAUUCAAGAAGAAAAACCCAAGAAGAAGAAGAAGGCACAGGAGGAUCUCUAAAGC